GUGGGGUGAGUGUUGGUGUCACCUGCAGAGCAGGUAUUUGGCUGUGUGGCUAGGUGUGUAAUAGUCUCCCUUAUUGGCAGAUUGCAGUGACUGUGUAUUUCUGUACUGGGAGAAGGGAGAGGAUCUGUUUUCAUUGCAGGUGAAUGUUUUCUGUUGGCACAUGUGAGUCUGUUGAAAGAUCCUCGGGGAAAUACGGUGUUCUGAGAUGAGAUGAAGAGCCCUAAGUGGGUUUGCAGGGUUGGAAAUUGCCUCCGUCACUUGCCUGAGCACGGGUGGUUGCCUCUGAUAGCCGAAUCAAGACAAGCCUGUGGCCUUUUGCAGGAUUUGGGAAGUUUAGUAUCUGAAGCUUCUUUGUGCUGUUAACCUGUAACCCAAUUGUCAAAAUGCAGAAAAAUGCUAGGAAUAUUCCGGAUGUCAGUAGUCUUUUUGGCCACAGUCUCUGUGUCUCAUAAUGUGGGCUUUCACAUUUUGGUGUUCAGUUACAAUGUUUGAACACCUGGGAAAUACCUUCUUGUUCCACAGCACAUCAACAAGACAGUUAUCUCUCCUGGUAAACUGUGGGCCUCUCUUGGAAAAACACCUGAUCUAGCAGUGUUAGUGAAGAAUAAGGAUUAAUACAGUUCAAUAUAUAAGUGAAAAAAUUCAGGUAUCUUUCUCCUCUUCUAGAGGAUUGCUAUAUUGCCCUUGCAUCUCCUAGGAUUUUAAUGGUGAAGGCAUUGAAAGAGAAGAUUGAAUCAGAAAGGGGGAAAGAUGCUUUUCCAGUAGCUGGCCAAAAGCUAAUUUAUGCAGGUAAAAUCCUUAAUGAUGAUACUGCUCUUAAGGAAUACAAAAUAGAUGAGAACAACUUUGUUGUGGUUAUGGUGACAAAACCCAAAGCAGCAGCAGGAGCAACUCAGCAAUCCAGUGCUACUACCACUGUUAGCUCAACAGCUGCAGCUCCUGCACCAGUCACUGCACCAAACCCUUCUGCUUCCCCUGUGCCAGCUCCUGUCCUUCCACCACCAGCACCAGAUGCAGUUGCUUGUGAAUCUGCACCUGUGAGUGCUCCUAAAGAAGACAAGCCAGCAGAAAAACCACAUGAGGCAUCAGCUGCUGUCAGCCCAUCAUCAACUGACAGUACAACAGGUGAUACAUCUCGAUCAAAUCUUUUUGAGGAUGCUAUAAGUGCACUUGUGACAGGUCAAUCCUAUGAGAACAUGGUGACUGAGAUCAUGUCAAUGGGCUAUGAACGAGAGCAAGUAAUUGCAGCGCUGAGAGCCAGCUUCAACAAUCCUGACCGAGCAGUGGAAUACCUUUUAAUGGGUAUACCGGGGGAUAACCAGGCCGUGGCUGAACAUCCUCAAGCAGCAAGUGUUGGUACCUCUCAAUCUUCAGGAACAGCAGCAGCAACUGUACCUACAACUACUGGUUCAUUAGGAGGACAUCCACUUGAGUUUCUACGAAAUCAGCCUCAGUUCCAGCAGAUGAGACAAAUUAUUCAGCAAAAUCCUUCUCUGUUACCAGCAUUGCUACAGCAGAUUGGACGAGAAAACCCUCAACUACUACAGCAAAUAAGCCAGCACCAGGAACAUUUUAUUCAUAUGCUGAAUGAGCCAGUUCUAGAGUCCCAUCAAGGUUUCAGUGGCAGUGAUGAUGGUGUCAGCACUGGAGGAGUAGCAGAAGCUGGAAAUGGUCAUAUGAACUACAUUCAAGUAACACCUCAGGAAAAAGAAGCUAUAGAAAGGUUAAAGGCAUUAGGAUUUCCGGAAGGACUUGUGAUACAGGCGUAUUUUGCUUGUGAGAAGAAUGAGAACUUGGCUGCCAACUUUCUUCUACAACAGAACUUCGAUGAAGAUUGAAAGAAUUUUUAUAAUUUCACACCUCACACCAGUGCAUUACACUAACUUUGUUCACUGGAUUGUCUGGGAUAAUUUGGCUUAUAUUCGUGAUGUUUGCUGUAUGGUCAUAUGGGGAGGGAGCAAGAAGACAAUAUAACAAACAAAGCAAAGAAAGCAGCAAGUAUGUCUGCUUUAAAUUAGCAGAUUCAGAAAAUCACACAGUGUAAAAUAUUAUACAACCAAAAUCAGCUUCUGCAGAUAGUUCCUUCUGUAUACUGUAGGUUAACUUCUUCUAGGUUUUCACUCUUACUGUCCUAGUUCCAGAAUUACAGUAUAAUGCCCUGCUUCAUCUUCCUCUGUACUUAGUAUUGGUGUUGGAAGUAGCCUGUGCUACUUAGAUUCUACAAUAUGUAUGGCAACACUGGAUAGCAGCUGUGUGAAACCUAAAAGGUCUGAGCAAAUUCAAACAUGAAUGCCAAAACAUGGGUAGUUAUUUUGCUUUUUCAGAUGUGUUAAAGCAAGAAGCACAGUAUUCUGUUUAAUGCUGGAUUGAAGCAAAGUUGGCUGCUUUUUUCCAAAUGAAAAUGCAUUUUGGUCAAAAGUCUUGAUCAUUGAGAAAAACCACCUCCUCCCUUGCCCCCCCAAAUUAUCUCAGAAGCUAUAUACAUACAGGUAAAAUUAUUGUCUUGUUUACAUCUCUUUUGGGGAAAAAUGUUAGAUAUCUAAUUACUGUUCACAUCAAUAUUAUGUUGCAGUAAAACUUUUGAAAGCAAUAGAUUGCAUGUUUGGUUUUUUUAAUGUGCUCUUGUGAAUUGAAUAUUCUUUUUUUGCCAGCAAACAAAAUGCAAGCUUCAUUUUUUUGUCUGCUGCAAAAUGACUUUAGCAAGUGAAAUUUCACCUUCCUACCUUUGUUAAACCAGCCUUUAUAACACAGCUUUAAUCAUCUGAAGACACUGGUGUUCUGUUGCUCUUGAGUAUAUUGUAAUGAUCCAGCUGCUUCUGUUCAUUAAGAACCUUUCUAGAUUUAUUUACUUAAGGAAGAAAACAAGUUGAUAACUUGAGAUAUCAAGCAAACAGUCAAGUUAUUCUAACCGAAAAAAAUGUGCACUUAAGCCUUUCUAUUGCAAAUAAGCUCUGCUUGUAGAGUUUUGAAUCUUACUUCUAGGUACCUACUUGUCAUUUAUUUUGUUUAAUUGUCAUAAAAUAUAACAAUCUUCCAUUUAAUGUAUGUUGACUUUCCAAGACAAUUUUACCUAUUGUUGCAAUGCUAGCAAAGAAAACAAAUUCUGAUUUAAUCUAAAGCUAUUAUGUGUAAUAUUUCCUGAAAACAGUUUGGGGAUAUUUUGAGUUUUUACUGUUGUACUCCAAUUACCUGGAUUAAAAAUUUAUCUCUACUGUAACCAAGAAAAUACUAUUAGUGGCAUAGCACUGAGCUGUUGUACCACUAAAGAUAUUAACAAUUUAGUAUUACAACUGAAGAAUUAUUUUAUGCUUAGGCUGUGUAUCAGUGAAUUUAACUGCUACUUAAGCUCAAAGUACAAGUCAAGUGUGUGAGAAAAGAAAGACUGAAACAUUUGUAUUUGUAUUUUGUUUAUUCAUUGGUUGGGCAGUUUGUUAAAUAAUUAUCUGCACAAAAUAGUGAAAUAUAUUAAAGCCUUUUACUUUGUCUUUCUA